AUGCAAUUGCCACGGAUGAAAGCAACGGGGAAGAGUGUUGUGGAGGGAGAAGCAUGGGUAGUGGACUGGAGAUGGAGAAGUGCGGGAGAAGGGAGGGAGAUGGAAGGAAAAAAAAAGAAAGGAAAAUUUCAGCAACACAGAUGGAGGAAGAGGAGGAGGAAGGAGACGCCGUGUGCGAGACGGUGCCAUGUACUGGGUUUUCUAUCGAGAGACUCGUGUGUUCGACCCAAAAAAACAGAGACUCGUGUGUUUGGUUAUGGAGGAGAUCCAAACCAGCUGUGCAAAAGCACCAACAUUAAUGGAGGAGGAGGGGAAGGUAAUGAGGAUGCAAGGGCUGGUGCAAUUAUAUAUCUAGCCUCUUAUGCAUAA